AUUUCCAUUCAGACAUACCGCAAACCUCAUCUCCCUCACCUAUAAAAACUCACAAAUUGUUAGAGACCUCAUGAGUCUCACCACAUGCAUGCUCUCCUCUCUAAUACGCCAUCGCCUCUCGCCCGCGAUCUCGUCGUGGCCCGAUGACCGCCGAUAGACCAAAACCCCAAGAUUUCCGGCUUGGCAACGUUGCACCGUCCAACGUGAACGAUACUCAGAAUGCGGCUCUGAGAGGCGCGUCCCUGGCUUUUGGCAAGCCGCCUGUGAAACCGACACCGAAGCUAAAUGAUUAUGCGGGCACGAAUGGAGCCAUGGCUGCCGCGAAAGCGGGAGCUGGGAGGGCAGCAGCUUCGAGGAAUGCUUCAAGCUCAAGUUCGAGAUGGGAGGAGCAGGGUGUUGAUGACAAGUUGGCAUAUCAUAAUACGGGAUCAAGUGCUGGUGGAAGGUCGUAUACAAUGGAGCGCCCUUCUAUUCAGCAACGGCUGAGCCACUUUGGGGGAGGGGCUGGGUAUCUACAACCUCCUGGCGGAACUCCGGAUCAGUCAAGGUCGGCUUCGUUCAUUGCUGCUACCUUGGCAGCUUCGAGAUCUGCUUCAGUCAGUCCAAAUCCGACUGGACAAUCCCACACCUCGAAUGCGGACAUGAGAAGGCCUCAGAGCUUCAUGGCGAGAUCGCCUUCUGUUAGGAGCGUGGCGUCAUCGAAGAGCUCAGAUCAAGCUUUGGACACAACCUCUAUACCUCCUACGACCUCCUUAAUUGGAAUGUUUGAGCAGAAGGAUACUUCCCCUACUAGAGUGAAACGUCCAGCUGCGAAGCGGUCGGCCACAUCUGCGAGUGUGAGGAAGUCACUGGUUACAAGCAGUCCAGGCUCUGCAGAACCUAGCAGAUCGCAUUCACCAUCUCCCCUCUCUGCCAGACCCAAAACCUCUGCAGGAGGCCGUCCAAAACUCACAUUAGCACAAAUUCAAAAGCUUUCCGAGGAAUCCGAAGCUAGAAAACCUUCACCUCCAGCUCGAAAACCAUCCAUACCUGCUUCCAAACCAAUACCAAUUCCUGCAAAACGAAACCCCAAACUUCCCUCACCAGAGGUAGAAAAGGAAGAAGGCGCCUCAUCAGACGACUCGUUCGUCUCAGCAUCAGACUACAAGCCUUCCUUCCGCGCAGAACUAGCCCAGCAACGCCGUCUAACCUCUGCCUCAACCCAAUCCCUCGACACCCAAGCAACCAUCGACUCCAUGGCAAACGCCAUAGUCGCCUCUUCCCUAGCCUCCUCCCGCGCUGCCUCUCCCUCAAGAUCCUCCCUACAAUCCUCCUUCUACCCUCCGCCUCCUCCACCUCGCCGCAAUGGCCGCCAACACCACCUCUUCCACGGCAAAGACAAAUCCCGUACUCCUAGCCCCGCCAAACCAGUCGGUCUCCGCAUGACGAUGCGGAAAUCGAAAAGCAAGGACUCGCUAGAUGAAGGGGAGAAGCGUCGCGGGAAGAAGAACCUAGUGAAGAAACAUCCUAACAAGCACCACGAAGGCGAUCGUAAGCGUUGGCGAGACGCUGUUACGGAGCGGGAACGGAAGCGCUAUGAAGCUGUUUGGGCCUCGAAUAAGGGGCUGUAUUCUGAUGGGAGUCCUGGUUCGGAGUACUGUGUUUGCAGUUUGGUGGUGAGGGAUAUCUUCUCGAGGUCAAGAUUGCAUGUUGAUGUGCUGGAAGAGGUUUAUGCGCUGGUUGAUAGGAGUUGUAAUGGGAUGCUAGAACGGGAGGAGUUUGUGGUGGGGUUGUGGUUGAUUGAUCAGAGGCUGAAGGGGAGGAAGUUGCCGAUUAGGGUUAGUGAUAGUGUUUGGAAGAGUGUGGGGAGUUUGGGAGGUAUCAAAGUCAAGAAGGCUGGUAGAUAGAAGUUCAAUCGCUGGUCAGAGACUAGACGGACUGGAUAACGGUUGAGAGGCUCGCUGAUGAUUUUGCACAGAGAUAAUACCCGGUGUGUUAAGAGGCGUCUGGAUUCUAGUAUAGAGCAAAUGGACUUUGACGUUGUCCCAUGAUCAUGUCAAAAUUGGCGUGAGGGUCGACUCUAGUGUCCUUGGGUCUGCUGUUCAAUGUUUUUCCGCCCAGAUGUACCACUGCAUUUCGGACAUUGGUGAGGUUUUGUUGCAGAUCGCACCAAUUAUUAUUGUCAUUCAAGUAUUUAUCAC